AUGGAUUGGUUUCUGUGGAAAUCCUGAGGGUUAACACAUCCAGCAAGACUGAUGCUAGCUCUUUUCACCAUGGAGACAUUACUUCGUGCCAAGUGUUUUCGGCACCUAGCAAUCCCUGGUUCUGUGAGAGUACUGUAUAAAGAUUAUAGAACAGUGCUCCCUCAGAAUUUUUCCAACUAUGAAUCCAUGAAACAGGAAUUCAAACUGGAGAUUCCAGAGUAUUUCAACUUUGCUAAAGAUGUCCUGGACCAAUGGACCAAUAUGGAAAAGGCUGGGAAGAGACCGUCCAAUCCAGCCUUCUGGUGGAUAAAUGGAAAUGGAGAAGAAGUGAGAUGGAGUUUUGAGGAACUGGGAUCUUUGUCUAGGAAAUUUGCCAAUAUACUUACAGAAGCCUGUUCCCUGCAAAGAGGAGAUCGAGUAAUUGUGAUUCUGCCCAAGAUCCCAGAAUGGUGGCUUGCAAAUGUGGCCUGUUUGCGAACAGGGACAGUUUUAAUUCCAGGAACCACUCAGCUAACCCAGAAAGACAUUCUCUACAGACUACAGUCUUCGAAAGCAAAGUGCAUUAUUACCAAUGAAGUUUUAGCCCCAGCAGUAGAUGCCGUUGCAUCUAAAUGUGAAAAUCUGCACUCCAAGCUAAUUGUGUCUCAGAAACCCAAAGACGGGUGGAGAAACCUCAAGGAGAUGAUGAAACACGCCAGUGACAACCACACCUGUGUGAAGACAAAACAUGAUGAGAUGAUGGCUAUUUACUUUACCAGUGGAACAAGCGGAUCUCCUAAAAUGACUGGACACACUCAUAGCAGUUUUGGUUUAGGAUUAUCUGUAAAUGGAAGGUUCUGGCUGGAUUUGACUCCUUCAGAUGUGAUGUGGAAUACCUCUGACACAGGCUGGGCAAAGUCGGCAUGGAGUAGUGUCUUUUCUCCAUGGAUCCAAGGAGCAUGUGUAUUUGCACAUUAUUUGCCACGUUUUGAGCCAACUUCCAUCUUGCAAACACUUUCCAAGUUUCCCAUCACAGUCUUCUGUUCAGCACCAACUGCAUACCGAAUGCUUAUACGGAAUGAUAUGACCAGCUGUAAGUUCAAAAGCUUAAAGCACUGUGUGAGUGCUGGCGAACCAAUCAAUCCUGAAGUGACUGAACAAUGGAGAAAAAGGACAGGUCUGGAUAUCUAUGAAGGAUACGGACAGACUGAAACGGUGCUAAUCUGUGGAAAUUUUAAGGGAAUGAAAAUUAAGCCUGGCUCAAUGGGAAAGCCGUCUCCUGCUUUUGAUGUUAAGAUUUUAGAUGUAAAUGGCAAUGUUCUACCUCCUGGACAAGAAGGAGAUAUUGGCAUUCAAGUUCUACCUAAACGACCAUUUGGCCUUUUUGCUCACUAUAUAGAUAAUCCUACAAAAACAGCUUCAACACUACGAGGCAAUUUCUACAUCACUGGGGACAGGGGCUAUAUGGAUGAAGAUGGCUAUUUCUGGUUUGUUGCAAGAUCAGAUGAUAUCAUAUUAUCCUCUGGUUACAGAAUUGGACCAUUUGAGGUAGAAAGUGCCCUGACUGAGCAUCCUGCAGUUGUAGAGGCAGCUGUUGUCAGCAGCCCAGACCCCAUCAGGGGAGAGGUGGUAAAGGCUUUUAUUGUUCUGACCCCUGAAUACAAGUCACAUGAUCAAGAACAACUAAAAAAGGAGAUUCAAGAGCAUGUAAAAAACACUACAGCACCUUACAAAUAUCCCAGAAAGGUAGAAUUUGUUCAAGAGCUGCCAAAGACUAUCAGUGGGAAGAUAAAAAGAAAUGAACUGAGGAAGAAAGAAUGGGAAACAAUUUAAAUCCAUUCUAUUAUUUAUCACAGUAUCUAUAAAACAAAGAGUCUGUCCAAACCACAAGAGUAUAGGGAGGUGAUUAAAAAUGUGAUAAUAUACUUACAAAUUGUUGAUUUAAAAUAUCUUGUGGUUGGAGCACCUGUCUGGCUCAGUCAGUAGAGCAUGCAACUCUUGAUCUCAGGGUUCUAAGUUUGAGCCCCACAUAGGGUGCAGAGAUUACUUAAAAAAAUAAAAUCUUUUAAAAAAGCAAAAUAAAAUAUUUUGUGGGUAUAUCAUCAGAGGCUGAAUUCUGAAAUAAAAUAUUUAGUAAAUUCCUCU